AUGAACCCCGUGAGCUUGCAAGGUUAUGGACAUGCUGCCCCGGGCACAGAUGCUGGCAAAGUUUUCUGCAUGUUCUAUGCAAUCCUUGGUAUCCCCCUCACACUGGUUAUGUUCCAAAGUCUUGGGGAACGCAUGAACACUGUAGUCCGGUUACUGCUGAAGAAAAUAAAGAAGUGUCUGGGCAUGAAGAAGACUAACGUCUCUAUGGAAAACAUGGUCUUAGUAGGCUUCCUGUCAUGCAUGGGGACACUGUGUGUUGGAGCAGCUGCCUUCUCUUAUUUUGAGGGCUGGACCUUCUUCCAUGCCUAUUAUUACUGCUUCAUAACCCUGACCACUAUUGGCUUUGGGGACUUUGUAGCUCUGCAGAAAAACGAAGCUUUGCAGAAGAAGCCACCGUAUGUUGCUUUCAGCUUCAUGUACAUCUUGGUCGGUUUGACUGUGAUUGGUGCUUUCCUAAACUUAGUUGUCCUUAGGUUUUUGACUAUGAACUCGGAAGAUGAGAGGCGGGAUGCAGAAGAGAGGGCAUCCCUGAGGAGAGUCAGGAACAACAUCCACCUGAAAGCUAAGGAAGACAGUAAGAGCAGAGAUGCUGUUUUUCUACCCAUAGAAGACAGGACAAGUCAAAUGAACCUCAUCCCACUGAUGCAGGAAGACGCUGAUAGACCAAGACGUCACUCUUCAAACUCCACCGCCAGAGUCCCUUCCUUCUGCACGUGUUUGUGCUACAGACCGCGGCUGUGUGGGAGCCCUGCCCCUUCCCAUCCAGAGACCCUCAGCUGCCACACCAAUCCCGUUUACUAUAAUUCCAUUUCUUACAAAAUCGAUGAGGUCUCCCUGAGCACGAGGGGUCCCACUGGUUUCUCCUCCCCUGGGAGCACUUUAUCGUCCAACAGCCCCAGCUGCAGAGAACACUACCGUCUGCGAAGGAAAUCCAUCUAAAUGUGCAUGCUCUUUGGGAAUUUUUACUCUGAACUGUAUUCUACUACUGAAGUCAUAUUUUGAUGAUGAUAAAUU